AUGUGUGAUAUUGAAUUGAAAUCCCGUAUUAGCUCAUACACUGCGUGCAUACGAUGUAUUGUAUUGCCGCAUUUAACAUCUACGCUGCCAGCGAUACCGAAACAAUACGCGCAGUUUCGUAUCCCUGACAGCAUGCAACUAGCAGAUCCGCACUUUUAUGAACCCCAGAAUAUAGAUAUUUUAAUAGGCGCAGAUAAAUUCUGGGAUUUAUUAAGUAAUGGCAGAAUGCGAUUACCUAACGGUCCGUUUUUGCAAAAUACACGACUAGGCUGGAUUAUAUCGGGUUCUGUAGGUGUAAACACGCAGAAUACCGGUCAAAUCCAGUGUAAUUUUACACACGUUACCGAUACUCAAUCACAACAAUUUAGGGAGCUUGAGAAAGUUACUAAAUCAUGUGAGACGCAAACUGAUGACCAGCGAGAGUGCGAAAAUCCUUUCAUUACAACUACGAUGCGCAAUAAUGAUGGAAGGUUUUGCGUUCGCAUUCCUCUCAAGUCAUCACCACAUGAAUUAGGCGAAUCAUAUCCUCAAACCCUAAACCGAUUUUCAACGUUAAAUAAGCGAUUACAAAAACAUGAUUAA